AUGGUGUUGCAUAAAAAGCCACCACUGACUUUUAUUAAGGUAUUAUUUUUGGCUUUCAUUUACAUAAUUAGUCUUUGUAGUCUGUUUGUGGCAUUUCAGUUCUAUGAGAAAGGACAUCGGAGCUAUCGAGAAAAUUUGGGAACCCGGAUGUCUCCUACAGGCGAUCCAGAGACUACAGAAAGGAAAAAUGCUAAAUAUCAGUGGACUGAAAAUUUGUCCCAUGAGACACCAGCACCUCCGUCUCCAUCACCAGCAUCCUCUUCGGAAUAUUUAAAUAUUAAAUCAUAUCCUUACAUUAUAAAUGAGCCGAAUAAAUGCCAGGAUGAAACCCCCUUUUUGAUAUUUUUGAUAGAAACCAUUGCCAGUGAAGUUGAAAACCGCAAAGCCAUAAGGGCCACAUUUGGAAAUAUGAUUGUUUAUAAAAGAUUUUCUAUCAUGUGUUUGUUUCUGCUGGGUAAGGACAACACUCAGGAUCCCAAUGCCAUCUUGGAGGAAAGUAAGAAGUACCAAGAUAUCAUCCAAAAAGACUUUCAGGAUACAUACAAAAACUUGACCAUAAAAACCAUGAUGGGAAUAGAAUGGGUCUCCAACUACUGCCCUACAGCUCGAUAUGUCAUGAAGACCGAUAGUGAUAUGUUUGUUAACACGGACCGUCUAUUGGAUCUAUUGGGUCCAGAUCUACCUCAAAAACUAAACUUUUUCACAGGAUUUGUAAUGGAAAAUCACCAACCACACAGAAGCAUAGACAGCAAAUGGUACAUGCCUCAUUCUCUCUUUCCAGAUCCAUUUUAUCCCACCCUUUGCUCAGGGACAGGUUAUGUAUUUUCUGGAGAUGUUGCAUCAAAAAUUUUAAGGUCAUCAUCUAAAGUGAAAUAUGUUUAUCUAGAAGAUGUUUUUGUAGCAAUCUGUCUCGAUAGGGAAGGAAUUAAGAUAACACACCCUCCAAAUGGUUUGUUCCAUAAUUAUCGUGUUGAAUUCAGUCCAUGUGCCUAUAACAGCAUUAUUACAUCUCAUUAUAUAAAUCCGACCUUCCUUAUUAAGUAUUGGUCAGUUGUACAGAAUGAUAAAGAAAAGUGUUCAAUGUCUAGAGAGUCAAGUACAUCUAUCAAUAAUAUAUAA